UGCCAAGACAGAGAGACUGUGUGAAGAAGGAAGGAAUCGCCUGAGCGGGAGUGUAUUCUCAAGAGAAGGGGCUCUGUCCACCACACCACGCAUAAGACCACCAGGAAGAUCCCCACUGCAAACCAAUCCAACCUUUCAGGGAGAGAGCAGGCCUCCUCAUCUCAUCAUUAUGAACUGGUGGUGCAUGAUCUCUGGGCUUAUCGUGGUGGUGCUUAAAGUUGCCGGAGUGACCUUAUUUCUGCUUUAUUUCCCACAGAUUUUUGGCCAAUGUAAUGACAGCUGCAGUCCCACAGGGAGCUAUGGAACAGUCCCACAGAUUUUCGGGAAUAGUAAUGACAGCUUCAGUCCCACAGAGAGCUAUGGAACAGUCUGCCCCAGCAGGUGGGAUUUUCAUCAAGGAAGAUGCUUUUUCUUUUCCACCUCUGAAAUGUCUUGGAACAAAAGCAGGGACCUCUGUGAAGCACAAGGAUCGACUUUGGCCAUUGUCAACACGCCAGAGAAACUGAAGUUCCUCCAGGUCAUAGCUGGAGCUGAGAAGUAUUUUAUUGGCUUACUAUACCAGCAGGCAUCGAAGAGGUGGCAUUGGAUCAACAACUCCAUUUUCAACGGCAAUAUUACCAAUCAGAUUCAGAAUUUCAACUGUGUGACCAUAGGCCUAACAAACACAUUUGAUGCUGCAUCAUGUGACGUUUUGCACCGCUAUAUCUGUGAAAAGCGUGCCAACGAACCACCAAUAUACUCAUGAAGAUAGCAGAAGAGAACAUUGAUAAUUGGGACUGAUCCAAGAAACAGAGAAUAUCAAAUUACUGUGUCUGUCUUCUACGGGUUACUGGCUGAGCUCCCUAACCAAUCCUCGGGGCUAAUGUACAGGCCCCUUUACAGAUAUACUUGCAUGUACACAACUGAGACAAACCCACCAUUCUGAGCCAGUAAUUCCUCAAGAGUCCAUUUCCUGUGAGAGUCGCAUCUGUGAUUCCUUUUCAUCCGAACAAGUCAUGAAGUCAAUGAUCCCUUCGUGCAUCUGUAGACUAGAGGAGGCCUGGCUGUUUGGGGGAAUGAGCUUCUGUAUUCCACAAGAGGGACUGGAUACUAGCCAUCUCCAGGAAACAUGAACAGUUUUGUGGAGGCACUUCAGUUGGUAUAAAAACAGCUAUGUUUCUGUAGAACUGAGCAUUUCUCAUUGGUCAACAGGGCUGAGCCUGUUGCUAGGGUCUGUCUGAUCCUCAGAGCACCUGGCCAUACUAUCAGGAAAAACUGCAGACUGAGCAGGUGUGAACCUUAUUUAGAGAGUAGCAAGGGUGGAAGAUGGAUAAACUCCACUUCUGUGCCCUCAUCUCUGUUCCCAAGAGACCCCUCCACACACUCUUCAUCCCUGCCCCUGGUCUGAACUGAGACUAGGCUCUGGGAAGGACUCUUGGAGUCGAUCAUGGAGCAGAGACAGUGUUGUUCCAGGGAAUGAGGAGGAGUCCAUUCCUGGCAGGCCAGGAAUCUGCUAGGAAACCCCUUUUAAGACAACCCAACAGUCAAGAUGAUCAAGCUGACUGAAUCUCUGUUCUUCAACAAAGCUCUAAGGGAGACUCAAGCUAACAAUGUUCUUGGUCUUGGCCUGAAUCUCCAUUUUAACAGAUUCUGAUUAUCUGAUCAUAUUUGUUGAGUAUAUUUUAACAAACUGGGGUCGUCUCCUGGGCCCCAGUGAUCACAACAUAUUCCUCUUUGCAGUUCUAUAGCGACCCUGCCAGGUACAGCUUUGCACUUGUUGACAUCACACUGAUCCCAGACAAGUCUAGCUGAUCAAGAAUUAGAAAAGAAGGAGAGGGAUGCUCAAGGAAACAUUGGGUGGAGGCAAGGAGUGGGCAUACAGGAGAAAGGGCACACCAGGAACAAAUGGAAAUCAUUCUGGAGGAAAUAAGAGUCCAUUUGGCCCGAUGGGAAGGAAGGCAAGAAAGAGGUAGAAAAAUCAUGGGGUAACCUGUCUGUUCUCUGAACUCAACAUAGGCCACAGACCCUCCUCAGUGCAUGGAAAAGAGAAGAGAGAUGCCCACGGGUUUUCAGUAGCAAGAAUUAAACCAUGAGAGACUGUACAAAAUAAAUGGAAAUUAUAGUCACCUAAGUAAAAUGCUUACCAUUUAUGUCUAAUAAAAUAAAUGUCAUUAGAUGGAUGUCAAAUUAAA